CCGACCGCUGCCCACUAAAACGGUACUGUGUAAUCAUAGUAUUGCUAUAAAGCCGGUAUUGGACAGAAUGUGAAUAGUAGUCAUACGAUACUCGUCUGCUCUCAUGUACGCGGACACUCUGUAUAUGUUCUAGUAACUGUAUAGUUGUUCGUUUAUAUUGUAUCGUUUACUGCAAUAUUAUGUUAUAGUAUAAGAAGAAUUAGUCUGUGAUUAAUAUUAGUUAGUUAGUUUUAGAUUUGUCGCCGUUACGUUUUAAAUAUAUUUAACAUUUUGGUUGGAUUGGCACACGAUUACCUGCAAUCGUCUUAAACUAUGAUACGUCUUCUUGAAAACGCGAACCAUUCGUACGUAUUCGACUUCGAAGAAAAUUUUCAUUAUGAAUGGACUCGGCAAUGGAUGACAGAAAAUUGGACUAAUGGAUUUUAUUAUUGUACAAUUUAUGCAAUGCUUGUUUUUGGUUUACGGCGUUUGAUGCGCGACCGUGUUGGAUUCAGAUUGAAAGGGUUGCUAGUUCUAUGGAAUACAAUGUUGGCCACAUUCAGUUUAGUUGGAUUUACUAGAACAGCCCCUGAACUUUUCAGAGUUCUAAACAAAUAUGGUUUGCAUCAUUCGGUUUGUGUUACUAGUUACGUAGAAGAUGAUCCAAUCUCUGGCUUGUGGUCGUGGCUAUUCGUUCUAUCCAAACUACCAGAGUUAGGCGAUACCAUCUUCAUUGUGCUGCGAAAACAACCUUUGAUAUUUUUGCAUUGGUAUCAUCAUAUUACUGUUUUAUUGUACACGUGGUUUUCAUACAUGGAGUUUACGUCUUCAGCCAGAUGGUUCAUUGUAAUGAAUUAUUUUGUCCACUCUAUGAUGUACACAUACUACGCCACGCGAGCAAUGGGUUACCGACCACCUACUUCGGUAUCUAUGUUUAUAACUGCCAGUCAAUUAGUACAGAUGUUAAUCGGAUGCUUUAUUAAUUACACAACUUAUAAUUACUUAAAGACCGGUGGUCCUCAAUCUUGUAGAGUGUCAAAACUCAACAUCACUCUGUCAUCUACUAUGUAUUUUAGUUACUUAGUCCUAUUUGCAAUGUUCUUUUAUAACUCUUAUAUUAAUAAACAAAGUGCGAAAAAAUCAAAAUCUCAUUGAUUUUAUAUUAAUAUUAAUUUUGAUCGUUACUGCCACUAUAAGAGUGCUUAUAGAUAAAGGAAUUUAAUUGGUCAUCAAUAUUUUGAUUUUAGUUGUGUGUAAUAUAAUAAUUUAUUUAAAUUAUUAUUAAUAACACUAACGUGUAAAUGUUAAAAUAUACUGUCCAGUUUCAUAAAAAAAAUUUGUUAGUUUUAAAUUUUGUUUUGAAUUGUGUAAAG